UACUAUAUAAAAGCGAUACAAGCACUGCCUCAUUUCGACGUAGCAUUAAAAAGAACAAUUUCGAUUCCGAACCGAACUCCCCGAAGCACCUUGAUUUUUCAGAGAGUCUUUUCGCUAUUGGUGGCUUCGUUCGAGGAAACUGGUCUGCUGACGUACACGAAAUAAACAUUAUCAAUCUUCGACAGAGACCGAGAGCACCCCUGCCUGGUGCACGCUCCCGUCAUGCAGCUGCUGCAGUCAGAGUCAGUGACGGCGUCGAGUUCAGCAAGUGGAUUACAGUUUGCGGUGGAUGGAACGCUGAGGAGAGGCAACUCCGUUCAUGUGAAAUUUUCAAUCCGCGGCUGAAUGACAAAAAAAUGCUGACCGACUCCGCAGUUCCUCCGCCUGAUGAUCUAUUUCCUCAUUUAGCUGAUUUAAAAAACGAAGUCAGCUCAUUUUCCUUCCCAGAAAUGGGAUCAAUCCCGAAACGCAACAAAAAGAGUAAAUGA